AAAUAACCACUCAUGAAUUAUGCUUAAUACGGCCUUGAUAAGAUUAUAAUUAUCAUGAGUUAUUAAAGAUAGCUAUAGUUUAAGUAGAUCUGAAAAAUUGCAAAUCAUUCUUCGUUUAAAGGUCAAGUGUAAAAGUGUUAUAGUACGUUGCGGAUGAAAAUUACAAAAAGCAUCAAACAGCAAUAGUUGAUUAUUACAAUUAUCAAGAUGACUUUAGAAGAAUCUAACAAUUUAUCAUCUAAAGAAACAAUAGAAUAUUCAGAGGAAGUUAUUCAAAAAUUAUUUAGUGCAAAACUUCCAUUAGAUUGGAAUAAAUUAAAAAGAGAAAAGAAAAGUGAACUAGUACAUCAGUGGGCACGUGAAGCUUUUCCUAACGUACCUGCAUCGCUAGUGACACUGACAGUAGGUUUGACUGUCGAUGGUGAUUCCGGAACAUCUAUAGACGAAAUACCUGAAUGGUUAGACCGCGAGAAAUUCGCCCGCGGUCAAAAGUUCGCUCAAGAUAAUAUUUUUGGAAUUUUUUUUUCAAUACUUUUAACUUUGUUCGGUCUUUAUUCGUUUGAAGACGGUCUCAAUCCUCUGAUUAUAACUGGAAAAUCAUCGGAGCCGUAUACAGCAUUCAAAAGAUACUUAUCAACUGGUGCGCGGUUCAGAAAUUGGUUCACCGGUGAUCUUUGGACCAAGGGUACACCUGCGUAUAAUGACAUUAAAACCGUCCGGCGAGUUCACGCAAUUAUACGUAAUAAAUUAAAUGAAAUGUCAAAUGAGGAAAUAAAUAAGGCCACGACAAUUGAGAAUCCAUGGUCACCGAUGAGAAAUAGUUUAUUGAAAGAUUUUCGAUCAGCAUGCCCUGUAGCUUUACCUGGCCAAUGCCCUUUUACAACUAAAACUCAAGGUGCUGUGCAGCCUCAAAAAAUGCAUCAAGGUGAAAUGGCUAUGACACAGGGUGGAUUUGUUUGUUUAGUUGUUCUUUACCCUCAAGCUUUAGGUAUACAUGGUGCAACUGAUAAAGAGCUUCAUGAUUUUUGCUAUGUUUGGAGAUGUAUCGGUUAUCUUUUAGGAAUCGAAGAUGAGUUCAAUUUCUGCCGAGGUACAUUAGAAGAUAUUAAGCAACGUUCCGCAGACUAUUUAAAUUCGUGGGUGAAACCUAAUUUCCGUGAUAUGACACCAGAAUUUGAACACAUGAUGAGAUGUUUAGUCGUUAGUUCCAAUUAUUUUUCUUCUAAUACUUCUAAUAAUUCUUUCGAAAUGAGUCUACUGUAUUUUACGGAAUUGAUAGGCCUUGACAUGCCGCAAUUACGUGCCUCACUUAGUUAUUCUUCUUGGAUAAAACAUCAUUUUAUGAAAUUUACAAUGCACUACGCAAUGCAACUACCUCAAAUAAAAAAGUUUUUAAAUUUUCAAGCAAAUAAAAGUAUGAACGAUGCACUGAAAUUUACAAAUGAAAAGCACGCCGAGUUACAACAAAAAUCUUCCAAAAUAUUGUCAUCUGUAACAUCUGAAACUAAUAGCGAAAAUAUUUUUACUCAGUACAAAAUCUAUGAAUCUUUAUUAAUUAUUGUGUUAUGUUUUUUUGGAUAUAUAAUCUUCUUUUAA